AUGGAAAACGCCAGGUACAUCACACAAGACGUCACCAAUGACUUGAAGGGCAACGAGUUGUGGAUCAACUGGGCAUUAACCGAAAGUUCGAUUCCAGGAAUGCUGGAGAUGGAUUGUAUCAGUGACGCUGAAUGGAAUGCACCACCGCUUGCAGCCUUUGGCACAAAAUACACAAUGUCAUUAAGAUUCUGGACCCAAAGUGGAUUGCCCUAA